GAUCCAUUAAAGUCUCUCCUUCGUGGGGCGCGCGCCACGAGAAGGAGCAGGUUUUUCAGGAGCGGAGCUUGGGCAACAAGAAGCUGGAUGCCUACGGGUCGGGCCGACUGCUUCCUGCGGAGGAAGCCACAGUGGACAGGAACUUGCUCAAACAGCGCCGGCAGCAUCUCAUCAGGUUGCAGAAGGACCAGGACAGGCAGGCCGCUUUGCAGAACCAGGCGCCUGCAACACUGGAGGAGCUUGCGCAAGGGAAGGUGAUUUACUCUGAACUUGACCUUGGCCAAGAAGAUCUUGUCGUUGCGCGGCGCCUACGGGCCCGCGUGGAGGACACAUGCAAGGACGCCAAAGUCUGCAUUGUGCAGAAUGUGGCGAAGCUUUCGCUUCGAGCGUCCUGGGUCUUGGCGCUCGGGGGUGGCGCUGCUGUGUGCCCGCGAUUUUUUCGGAGCAACGGCCAAAAGGGCAAGAGCCUGUGCUUUCAAGGCCCUGCAAAGCCUUGGCGCGUGUGGCUGACCCCAGAGUUUGCCGAGGCAAAGCCUCACUUGGCGCAGCUGAUUCGGGCGCAUUGCGCGAAGAAG